AUGAACAGUAAUUCUAUAGUCGAUAUUCUGAAUAAUAUAUCAAGUUCAUGUAAUAAGAAAAAGGAGAAAUAUAAAAAUGUUGGUGGUACUAAAGUAUCAGUACAUUUCAAGAAAAAGGAAGAACUAAAGAAUAUUAAAAUGAAUAAGGAAGAGUUAUUAAAAAAAAAUAAAUCUAAUCCUUUACCUGAAUCGGUCAGGUUUAAAAAUGGUACUACUGUAGAAUAUUCAUCCUCAAAUGUAGUUAGUAGUGUGAGGGCACCUAAGGUGGAAAAGGAAAUUUUGGAUAAUAUCAACAUAGAAAAUACGAAGAGAGGGAAUAUUAGUGGCAGAAUUAAUGAUAAAAUUAGCAAUAAAAUUAGAGAUAAAAUGAACGAUAAGAUUAACGAUAAGAUUAGCAAUAAGGUGAACGAUAAAAAUAACGAUAAAAUUUACAAUAAAAUGAACAAUAAAAAUAAACGGAGGCAAGACCGACAUAAGGAAAAAUAUCUGUGUAGUCUCACUUCCCCCUCAGAAAGGUAUGAUAAAAAUAUGGUAAGCAAUCAUUAUCUACUUAGUCAAAGCUGCGCAUAUUUAAGAUUCAAAUGUGCUAGGGAAGCAAAUAUCAAUUUAUCCAAAAUAGGGAAAAAUAAAAAUAUAAUAAUGGAUCAUCAUAUUGCCAAUGAUAACAAUGAAAAUAGUACAAAAUAUGUUAAUAAAAUAUCUAUGCAGAACUACCCAUAUAACAUAAUAGUAAAAAAAAAAAGAAAAAGAGAUGCAUCUUCCAAAAUAAAUGAAGAGCAAAAUGUCCUUUUAGGUAAACCUAACUGCAGCAUGAUGUAUAGUACGCUAUACAACGAUACACAUGUUAGUAUUGAGGAUAUAAAUGGAAUGACAAAGUGUCAAAGUGAAAAAUACAUGUAUGAUUUAUUGUAUGAACAUGACAAUAAAAAUCGCAUAGAUUCGAUCAACAGAACAAAAUAUGAUGGUACGUCAUUCCCUGAGGCAUAUGAGAUUUUCGAAAAGGAAAAACAUAUUAACAGUUCAGGAGUUAGUAGUAGCAGUAUUAAUAAUAAAGAUAGUAGUGUUAAUGGUAAUAAUAGAUGUCGGAAAACAAUUUCAUGUAUGCAUAGGGGGGAAACAUCAUCGCAAGGUAAUAAAAAUGAGUCAAAUAAUGUGUUUGAAUUAAUGAAAAUAAAAUUUAUUAUGGAUCAAAAUGAGAGAUCGUCAUACAAAAGAGAUGAAAAGUUUUUUUAUUCAAAUUGUAAUAAUAAUAAUAACAAAUUUAUUAAAUUUCUUAUGACCGAAAUAAAAAUAGAAAUCAAGGUAUAUAAAUUAAUUCUGCUUCUAUUAAUAUUAAUAUUAGUAUUAUCAUUUUCUAAAAGUGUGUCUAAUUAUAUAGUUAUUACAAGAAAAUGCUACAAUAUAUAUGAAAACCCAAUAAAAUCCGUAAAACGAUUAUUAAAAUUUAUGAUUAUUGCUUUAAAAAUAGGUUAUAAAUUUAGCUUACCACUUAUUUUAUAUACACUAUCCUUUUUUAGUUAUAUAAUUACACGAACAUUUGUUAUUCUAAAUAUACCCAUCGUUCUUCUACUACUAUAUUGUAAAUUUGUUUUGAAAAUUGAAGAAUAUACUAUUAGACUUUAUAUUGCUUUUCUUGUCAACAUAUACAAGUAUAUUGUUUUCCAGUUUGCUUAUAUUUUUAAAAAAUUUGCAAAAGAUAUUUGUUUAGCAGAUUUCUUGUCUUUAAUUUAUAAAUCUUAUUGCUUCAUUUUUAUUUGCAUGUGUAAAAUUUUGCAAAAGCUUUAUGAUCACAUGAAUAAUUAA